AUGUUAAAACAAAUAAUACUGAUUUUAGUAAUAGUUAAAAAUGUACACAGUCACACACCGAAAAAUAAUUCCGAUGUAUAUGUAACAUAUCAAGAGCACAGCGAAUUAGGAAAUGAUAAAAUAUUAGACCCAAAGAAAGAAGACAUAGACAAAAAUGAAGGUAUACCAAAAACUCAAACAGAUGCUGUUACAGAAAACUACGGAGCAACAUUUGAAGACAUCGUUUUCGUACCUAAUGAAAAACCAAUUACCAGAAAUGAAGAUUUAAUGAACAAUGAAGAAAUGAAAAUUGACGAUGUGAUAAAAAGGAAAUAUCUUAGCAAUGGAAUGGAGGAAGGAAAACUUGCUAAAACAGAUUCGCCAAACGAACACGUUCUCUUCAUAUCAGGAAAGAACAAGGAAGAUGAAGAAUUUAAUAUAGAAAAAGAAACAAAAAGGAAUCAAAAGACAAAAUCAAUAUUCGGUGAUAUAUCAAAAGACAUUAAAAAUAAAGUUAACUGUUCUUCAUUAGAUUGUAACAAUAAUCAAAAUCCUAUCUGCGGUGGCAAAGCAGACAGGAAUAAAAUAAAAUACAGACUAUUUUUAAAUGAAUGCUACUUUAAUAAAGUUAACUGUGCAUUUAAGUUCAACUUGAAUAAAUAUAGAAAAGUAAAUUUAACAAAAUGCGAACAAGUAGCUGCAUUGAACUUUGAGAAACCAACUUACAAAAUUAAAACUGCACCGAUCAAAUCAUCCAAUGUUAACAAUACAAGAAGAACAUUCUCUUCUAGAAGGUCACUCAUGAUCGACAUCGAUGGCAAGUUUUGUUCGCAUUCCUGUCCUGUUAGUUGUACAGAUGACUACGACCCGCGCUGUGCAGUCACCUCUAAUGGACAGAUGAGGGUCUUUGCUAAUCAUUGCAAGUUGGAUUUUAACUCUUGCUUGUAUAGGAUUGUCUGGCACGCUAGACCUCUUUCGCACUGCGUUGGAGGAAGAAAGGCGGAUAUGCAGCAAAACAGAAGAUUCAUAUCGUGGAUGCAACAAGCGGGAAUUGUGGAUAAAAGAGGACGUCUAUCCUUACAUUGA